AUGAACCAAUCCCGCCUGCGGCAGCUUGCCGCUCAUAACUACUCGACCUUCCGACGCCAGCCAUGGAAUGAGAUCUCCGGCUCUCUCGGUGACCUGGGCACUUUCCUGCCCAUUGUCAUUGCCUUGACUGAGGGUCACCAGAUUUCCUUGACCACCACCCUCAUUUUUACCGGCCUGUACAACAUCCUCACAGGUGCUUGCUUCGGGAUCCCUCUUCCGGUCCAGCCGAUGAAGGCUAUUGCAGCAGUCGCGAUUCUUAAAUCCCUAACAGCAGGGCAGAUGGCGGCAGCCGGAAUCUUUGUCUCGAGUUGCAUCCUGAUUUUCAGCGUUACAGGCCUUCUUUCGUGGUUUACAAAAGUCAUUCCGAUCCCCGUGGUGAAAGGAAUCCAGGUCGGCGCCGGGUUGAGUUUGAUCAUCGCCGCGGGCACUAAAGCACUUUCAUCCCUCUCAUGGACUAUGCCGUCCUGGGCGGAUAACUAUCAGUGGAUGAUAUUGGCCUUCAUUGCUCUUUUUGCGAUCCAUCUCCGUCCGCGAACGCCCUAUGCUCUGAUCCUGUUCUUCGUCGGCGCCGUGUUCGCGUUGAUCCGGAUUACAGCCGAUGACAAGCAUCACCUUCCAGGCUUUCAACUGUGGCGCCCGUACACUCAAGCACCAUCCGCAAGAGAGUGGAAGACAGGAAUACUCGAUGCUGGCAUUGGCCAACUGCCGCUGACCACACUCAACUCCAUUAUCGCCGUUACCCACCUCGCCGCUGAUCUCCUCCCGGACAUAGAAUCCCCUUCAGUCACAGCAAUCGGCAUUAGUGUCGCAGGCAUGAAUCUAUUCGGAUGCUGGUUCGGAGCUAUGCCGGUGUGCCAUGGAUCAGGAGGACUAGCGGCACAAUAUCGAUUUGGCGCUCGCUCGGGUGCCAGUAUCAUCUUCCUUGGGCUUCUGAAGCUCCUACUGGGUAUUCUGUUUGGUGAAAGUCUUACAGACGUCCUUCACAGAUUUCCCUUGGCAUUUCUUUCGGUCAUGAUCAUCGCAGCCGGACUGGAGCUUGCCAGUGUCGGAGAAAGUCUUAACACCCCCCGGGCCCGGGAUCUGAGCAAAGAAGGGGUCAGCGCAAGGCGCACCGAAAUCACGGACGAAGAGAAGAAGCGAAGAUGGACUGUGAUGUUUGUGACCGCAGGCCUGCUUGUUGCAUUCAAGAAUGACGCAAUCGGCUUCGCGGCCGGCAUGUGCUGCCAUUGGAGCUUUCAACUAUCCAGCUAUUUAACGCAAAGAGCGGCAAGAAGACGACACGUUGAGACUCCCGCAGAUGCCGAUGAACGCGUGAACCUACUUCCGUGA